CCCAAGGAGACCAUCUAUGUCGGGAAUCUGUUCUUCGAUGUUACUGCCGACGAUCUGAAGGCGCGUAUGGCUGAGUAUGGUACCGUUGAGCAUGCUAAGAUCGUUCACGAUGCGCGUGGAUUGAGUAAAGGCUUCGGAUACGUCACUUUCGCCUCGGUGGAAUCCGCCGCCAAUGCCAUCGCCGGGAUGAACCAGCAAACAUUCGAAGGACGACGUGCGGUCGUGCAAUACGCAGCCGGCGUUUUCAAAGCUUCAUCGCAGAGGAACAAACGCGACCCGACCCGCACUCUGUAUAUUGGAAACAUAUCCUUUGACAUGACAGACCGCGAGCUCAAGAAUCUUUUCAAGAGCGUCCGCAACAUCGUUGAUGUGCGCGUUGCUAUCGACCGCCAGACCGGACAACCCCGCGGCUUUGCGCAUGCGGACUUUAUUGAUGUUGCCAGUGCCCAGGAGGCUUUCGAAAUCCUCAGUGCAAAGGCGCCGCAUGGCCGCCGCUUGAGGGUUGAUUACAGC